AUGAGUUAAUCGUUGACUUUUAAAAAGUGAAAUUAAUCUUCCGGUUUCAUGUUUAUCAUCGGAUAUUGUGGAAGUAAUAUAAGAUAUAAUUAAUAUGUUAAAGAAACUGAAUUUUCAAGUAAAAGAGAUUAAAGGAUUAGAGUAUAAUUGUUACAAACCUUAGAAGAAGUUGUAAUUUAAGAAAUAUCUGUAACGCGAGUGCGACUGAGAAAGAAACGAGAAGCACAAGCAGAGUUACUACUAGUAGCUCACCUAAAAAUAUCCCAUACUCUGUUAAAACCUCUGAUUUAUUAUUUUCAUUUUUUUUACCAUCAAGUGUUAUAAGAAUUUCAUGAUUUCCAAGUGUGAAAAUGGAUAGGAAAAAAUUUUAAUACUGUCUAAGAGGUAAUAAGUAGUGUUUUAUGUAUAAAAUAUCAACUCAAGUUGAUAUAGAAUUAAUAAAAACAAGUGUAAACGGAGGGUAGUGAGUGAAAAAGGUGUCAAGUUCACAGUGGAGGGUGGUGGUGACGGAGUACCAGGGGGCAUUGUUAGCCCCAAUGAGGUGAUGAUGGGCUACGGUGGUGCUGUAGGAGCCAGUAGCGCUAUGGGACCUACAACUGGAGUUGAUGUUCUUGGCUCGACGGGUGAUUAUAGUCCCCAGAGUACACCAAACUCAUUGGGUGGUCAUAGUAUUAGACCUGCUGAUGCUACAGGAACUUAUAACACACCCAGUGGUAACACUGGACUCACCACUUACAGCCCUCAGGAUAGUCCUGCUAGUUCUGCUGGUGCUGGUAACAGUGGUGAUGGAAAAUUACCUAGUUUUGGAUUUACACAAGAACAAGUUGCUUGUGUUUGUGAGGCGAUGGUGUCAUCUGUUCAGGUUCUUCAGCAAGCAGGCUCCGUAGAACGACUGGGAAGGUUUCUUUGGUCACUACCACAAUGUGCACGAUUACAACGUCAUGAAAGUGUCCUAAAAGCAAAGGCAAUUGUUGCUUUUCAUCGAUGUAAUUUUAAGCAACUCUACCAAAUUCUUGAAAGCAACACAUUUAGUCCGCACAAUCAUCCCAAACUCCAGGCACUAUGGCUAAAAGCACACUACAUAGAGGCUGAAAGACUUCGUGGUAGAGCUCUAGGAGCCGUAGGAAAAUAUAGAGUAAGACGUAAAUUUCCACUUCCACGAACAAUAUGGGAUGGCGAAGAAACCUCUUAUUGUUUUAAGGAAAAAUCUAGAAGUGUAUUGAGGGAAUGGUAUGCUUCAAAUCCAUAUCCGUCACCCAGAGAAAAACGCGAGCUGGCUGAAAGUACAGGAUUGACUACCACCCAAGUCAGUAACUGGUUUAAAAAUAGAAGACAACGAGACAGAGCUGCAGAGCAAAGUGGUCAACGAGAAGAAAAAGGACCAGGUACAGGGUUAAUAGACUCGAGUAGCGAAAGUGGAGAUGAUACAAAACGACAGUCAACAAAUACCACGCAUCAAACAUCACAACAUCCAUCAUGUGCAAUUCAACAACAAACGCAACAGUCAAGAAUGGUUGAUCAUCAGCAGUCAUCUAAUAUGUAUCAACUACCAGCACCCGUUUCUAGCCCUCAUUCGUAUCAUUCGAAUCAUGGAACCACUGCUCUAAGUCACUCUCAUACACAUCAUGUCCAGCAACAUGACACUAGCAGUGAAAGUGGUGAUGAUAAAAGAAAUGUACAUCAUCAACUUCAACAUCAUUUACAAGCUGUUCAUAAUACAAAUCACAAUUUAGUGCAUUCCGUGAGUUUACCAACACCAUCCUCUAAUUGUACGCAACAAAAAUCACAACUUGAUUACAUGCAAUUCUAUAGCUCUCAGGAUUAUCUGUUAAGUACGUCUACUUCCACUGACAUUCAAAAGUCACUGCCACACACAGCCACAUCAAUGCAGAUGGGCACUAUUUCACCAGCAAUGGGAAGUUUAAGUCCCAUAAAUCCAUCAACAAUGCUAUCAAAUACAAUGCAAAGUGUUAAUAAUAUGAAUGCGAUGUCCAUGAACGUCGGAAUGGGUAUGGGAGGUUAUCAAGGAAUGAACACAAUGGGAAUGACAACAUCUCAUACUAGUUAUCACAGCGGUCUUGUUUUAGGUGAUUAUCAUUCAUUGUGACCCUGGGUUCCUGGCAAUCAUAGCAAGCAUAGCCAAGAAAAAACUUAGUAAUUCAUUUUAGCUUCCUUAUUCAAAUUUUAAGUGUAAAAAAUAAAUCAUAGAGCUAAUUGCUUUCGAAAAAUAUUAAUAAAUUCUUAUCAAUGUAUUUGGAUAUUCUUUUCUACUACACCGAGUUGUAAGUAUGCCAAUUACGUAGCAUAAACCAACUAAUUGUUACUAAAUCCAACAAAGUUAAUUCAUUAUUUUUUUUUAUUCCUUUGUGUCUUUGUAAAAUAUCAUCCUGUGGAUCCAAUAUACUGCAACAGUAUGUUUCAUUUCAAUGAUUAUUCAAACGAUAUGCAACGAACAUUUAUUACGAGUAUUUAUUUAAAGUGAAAAUGUUUUAAAAGAUUCCAUUUUAAAUGAUAAAUUUAAAAAAAAAUUUGAGAAAUAUAAACAAUAAAUAGUUUGAUGAUAUAUAAAUGCUAAUAUGCUAUCUAGUUAACAACAUAGCUGCAAAUCUAAAUUAUAGAAAGACAAAAUGAAAAAAUGUUUCAAUAGUAGUACCUUCAUCAUACUCUGUAUUAUUAAGUGCUAGAUUAUAUUGAAUAAAAUUGCAACAACAAAUUUAAAAUUCAUAAUAGCCAUGAUAUAUUACAUUUUUUCAACCUAUCAUGUUUUGGUGGAGCUUUAAUUUGGUCAUGAGUAACAUUUUAUCAUCCAAGAGUGUAAGUCUGCUUAUUUGUAGAAAUCAAAAUACUUUAAUGCUAACCCAACUAACUAAUUUCCAAUUAGCAAAUUUUUUUAUCAUAAUUUUGAUUAAAUAAAUUGAGUAUUUUUCUUGGAGCAUUCAAGCUACAGAGUUAAAAAAGCAGGAUUAUACUCUAAACUGUCUAUCUGAAAAAAUAAUCCAGAUCACAUUUCAUGCAUGGAGAAAAUGCUACCAAAAAUUACUGCAUUCUUACUGACAUUUUACCAUUUUUGUUUUAUUUUAAAUUAAUGAUUAAAUUAAUCAUAUAUUUAUUUGACAAUUAUUAUAAAUUAUAAUAAUAAAAUUUUCUUGGUAAUGAUUGUUAAAAAAAAUUCUAUCUUAUUUAUAAUGUAUUUAGAAUCAGGUCAACAAUGAAAAGCUGUGAACCUGGAAUAGCUUUCUGGAGCACCAAAAAAAUUUUCUCCAUGCUCAUUAAAAUAUAUCCAUAUUGAUGAAAUCCUAUGCACGCUUUUUCUAUUCAUAUGCACGUUCAUUGCUUACAAUUAUACUACUGUAUCAAAAAUGUUUCUUAACCCAAAAUCAAAUUCCCUCUCAACAUCAUCUUAUCUCUUGAACCGUUUUAUGAUCAUUUAAUAAUACUUGACUCAUUUACAAGCUUAAAAAUUCCAGAAUGUUUAUGUAAAUAUGUAAAUAAUGUAAUCUUGCGGACCAGUAUGUUAUCAAAAGAGUCAAAUGUAUUUUUUAUUUAUAAUUUUAGUUAUUUGAUUGUAUUAUCAUUUAUUUUCAUGAUUGGUAUCUUUGUUAAAAAAAAAAGAUUACACUAUUUUAUGAUUAUAAUUAAUAUAGAUAAUUAUCAUUAGGUAUAUCAUUCGUUGCAAUGUAUAUUUCUAAUUUAGAAUAGACGUCUUUCUGAACAGGGUAAAAUAAUAAAACUUAAAUAAUAAUAGAAGAAUAACUUUGUAAGAUAGAGAUAAUAAUUUAAUGCAUACUAUUCUACUGGAAUAAUUCUUUCCUGAUAGGAAAAGAAACGAUGUAAAAAUUUCUAGCGUAUAAUUAAUGCACAAAAAUUUCUCAUGGAAUGAUUUCAGUAACUUGAUUAUUUACUUUCAACAUUCCGUGAACUACAAAACUAAUUAGAUGCAAUAUAUAAUACAUAAGAUUUCUUGUAUACUUUGACAAUCUUAUUUUACACAAAAGAUUACUGCACAAAAAUUUAUUCAGCAAAAUAAUUGCAAUAAGUAUUUCAUUGAAAAUUUAGCGUCAUUGCUUUUCUUUAUUAUAAAUUAUACCUUGACCUAUCCAUCGUGUGUUUCAAGCUAUUUAAAAAAAAAACAACAACAACAACAACAAUAAUGCAUAUAAUUUUUAUUAUCAAUAGUCGUUUCAAAACCACCGUCUAUAUGUGUUAUUUAAACUCGGACAAGCGAAAAAGUAUUAAGAUGUUGUGUGUAUGUUAUAAAAUAAAAUUCAUGUAAUUUCAA